AUGGUGCGUUGAUCCUCUCCCAAGUACCUGUUCAAGUAUUAAUCCUCCCGACCUCCUUUUUGAUCUCCAAUCCUCCGUUUCCAUCAAUCGUAUCGUUUAAUGUUCCCAUCCCACGGGGUCUUUUUCGCAUUCAUAAGAAUUUUAACAAUUGGUAAAUGCUCCGCCGGGCGUUCGCGAACCCAUUUUAUCCGUUAGUAUUUUUUUACUUCUCAAUGAAUUAUUUUCGCCCACCUUGUCAGAUCAUCUGGCUUGUUGUCCAUCUCUUUUAUAUGAUUCUUAGGGAAUUAGCCGUGCAAGCACUUACCUGACUCCUUUAUUUGUUGUUUGUUCGAGACCGUUAGUAUCAUUUGGAGCUAAAGUGUUUUCCUCGGUUUAUGGACAAAACCGAGGAGUUAGUUAUCCGCUUACAAGACGGUCCAUAAAGUCGUGCAACAACCUUCAAGGCUAUAUCACCCUGGCGUGUUACACUUAUUGGUAGCCCAGUAAUUCAUGCGCCUGCGGCUUAGACCCAAACGUAGGACAUGAGCUCGCCUCGCCUCUUGAGUAAGACGUCUCUGUCCAGGUAAAGCCUGACUGAACACUUUACACGCAAUUAGCGAUGGGCGGCGGUAUACGGGGUAUCCUUCUCAUCACCUGAGUUAAGAAUCAUCCUGUGGGACUUAGCGUGGUAGUAAUGUACAUAUUUUCGUUUCUCACCUAUUGCAACCUUUUUAGCGCACGGAGGUUUUAUAGCCAUAAUAAGGAAUACUGGUUGCCCUUGCCGACUUCAGUUGUUGUUGGCGUCAGCUGCGUGUACGAACGGGUAAGAGACACAGGCUCGUAAUAUGAACGAAAUAAUGUUGUCAUAUGCCCCAGGUAGCCUCCAUCUUUGGUUGUCUAGUAGUGUUUCGCAUAUAUGUGCUUGUUUACUCUGCCAUGUUUCCCUGGUCCAAUUGGCGCGUGCGAGGGGUGACCCUGGUUUCUACCCAGGUCCUGAGGAGUUUGUUAAUUUUCGAUACGCCAUCUGUAAAUGUCAGACACGACACUAUUCGGAGCUGGUAGUCGUCAUACCGGCAUCUUAAAUCUCUAGCAAGUCCCGCUAUCAACUUUUCUCUUUUCAGUGUGCUUAAUGCCUCUUCAUGAAAUAUAUUAACUGAGUGGUUGUGGCCAAUUUUGCUGCUCCGCUAACUACUGCGAUUCUAGUCCACCAGUGUUCGCCAUCCUUUGGACUUUGCCAUGCCUACUAAUAGGGAGUUCGCGCUGCGCGGUCAGCCUUGUUUGUCAUAAAACUUCCACAAGCGUGUUUAAUCCAGGAAAUGUCUUUCUUCCCUCUCCAUUUGAGCAGUUCUAUUAUCCUGUUGUUUUCUUCCUCACUGACCGAGCAAAAAUGCGCUGGGAUGUGUUCUGCCUUACACUCAAGACUGUUCAUAUUUCCUUAAGACCCAUUUGAUAUCACUAAUGUGCGAUCUUCGGCGCUAAAGACCCACUUUAUGAAUGUGCUUCAAUUUGCUUCAAUUUUAGAUCGCUACGUGUCCUUGUGAAGUAGAAAUGGUCUUGCCUGCAGACGAUUUUGAGGGACAGUCAUUGGCGGUGGUGCAAGCCUUUGUCCAUGUAGCUGUCGUCAACCGCUACCAUAAGAAGGUUCUUGACGGCAUUAUUGAGUACCCGGACGUUCCCGAGUCCCUGUCAUCCGGUCCCGAUAUCGUGAAUUGUAUUGUUCAACUGGUGGAUGAAUUUGAGAAGAGGUGUCAGGGUGCUGGCUUUCAGACUCAAGUUAAAUCCAUGGGUCUGACAGAAAAGGGUGCGUUAGACACCAAACAAUUACUCUUAUCCUAUGCCGAAGUCCUCGAUAGCCUCUUUUGCACUGUCAAUUGGGGUCGCGUCAUCGCCAUGUUUGCCUUUUUGAGGAUGAUGGUUUAUCAUCUGCUUGACCACCAAGAGCCUGGUACGAUCAGGGAACUCAUCCAUUGUACCACGUCUGUUAUUGAACAUCGCCUCAGGUUCUUCAUAUCAAGCAAAGGUGGAUGGGUAAGUCCUGUUUUCCCGUUCCUAUACUUUUAUUUUCGGAGUCCGUCAUAGGCGUCCCACUGCAAAUUUGCUCUAACCGCCCCGUAUGCUAACAAAAGUGGCCCAAUUUCCCCUUCCAAGGUCUAGGCUUGUUCGUGGCAGCUUGUCUAGCCUAACCAUUAAAUCUUGUCUAGGAAUCACGACUGGCAAGCAUAGCCUCAAUAAAUGAUUAAAUACACGGUCUUGGCUGUCUGUGAAUCAAUCUGUUCAUUAUCCCAAGUAGAUUAUUAAGUGCACUAUAGAUAGUCGAACUUCCAGGUGGCUCGUCGGUGAAGUUUUUACCCGUCUGUGAUUUUGCCGCAAUUUUAACAUCUAGUUUUGUAGGCCGAGGUAAUACAUAACUCGACUGUUUGUUGGGCGUUAAAUGGGAAUCGGUGUAAGACAUUUAGGUAGUUGGAACUUUACUGCAUCUUGACCUUCUAAAAUUGGACAUGGCCAGAUGGUUAUCUAUGACUUACUGUCGUCAAAUGGACACUAAUUUUGCUCGUUUAGGCCGUCUCCUUUCUAUCAAAAUGCUUCUUGUGUGCGCAAGUUACGAUUUUGUUAGUAUAGGUGAGGGUAAAUCGGCUGCUUCACCAGGUCGGCUCAAGAUAUGUCGGGACAGAUGUAUCAUUAUGCAUAGACUGUUUCAAUGUCAGUCUAUGAUCCCUGUUAAAGUCUGCCAACGACCUAUCACCAUUAUUAGUUCGGACGUUUUUGCAUCCUCACAAACACCUCUUUUAGAAUACUUGGACCAUUUUUAAACAACUUCCAGUCGACCGUCGAAUUCAGCUUCCUGUCCAUUUCCUCACAACCUCUUAUAAUUUGGAUUUGCCAGCCCCAGAUAUCGGAUUGAGAUUCUAAGAAAGUUAUCCUUGACCACCCUCCUUAGCUGGCUGCCUGCUGACACUAUUCUAGCAGUGUGUUUGCCUUUUUCAACUCCUAUUUAGUUGGGAAUUCUCUCCUUCAAGUCGUCCGGCGAUGAUGUGGUAGACGUAAAACAGACCUUAUUACGUGGACUCGGGGGCAUCGCGAGCGUGGCUGGAGUGGCUGCUAUCGUGGGCUUCAUCGCCAGUCGUCUGUAA